AUGGCCGCUCAGAUUGGGGAGCUGUCCAAACUCCAAGUCAACAAUACUCAAGCGCAAAUCAAUUCUGAUGCCGAAACUGCAAAGAGACUUCAAGACGAAGAGAGGGAAAGGGAACGGUUAAGGAAGGAAACUGAGGAGAAAGACCUUGCUCUUGCCAAGCAGUGUAAUGAGGAAGAACAGACAGCUCUACAAGAACCCAUACCGGCUCAACCCUCGCACGCUAUAAAGACAAGGAAUAAGAACAAGCGAAAAGCGGUUGUAGAGGUGAUGAAGCGGGCAGAACGAAACAGUCGAAGAGUGAUCGAACCGGUCGGUCUAAACGAAGAACCUCUUGACGAAGAAGAAGAAGAGGACCUCGAAGAACUCAACCGGCGUAAGAAAAAGGCAGUCGAAAUUUCAACCGCAACCCCAAGCUCCAGACCAAUUAUUGCUCAAACGUCUCGCCCACCAAAACCAGCUAGUGGUGGUUUUGGAUUCGGCAAACGAACUCUCGGAAUCUCAAGUGUAUGGGCCGGCUAG